GAAAUUUGGGGUGUGUUGAAAUGUUGAUUCAGCUGUUUUUUUCUUUCUGUUCCUCUCCGUUUACCAGAAACCUGAGUUACAACAAACUUUCUGAGAUUGACCCUGCGAGUUUUGAGGACUUGCCGAAUCUACAGGAAGUGUAUCUCAAUAACAAUGAGUUGACAGCCAUACCGUCCCUAGGUGCUGCUUCAUCGCACAUCGUCUCUCUCUUUCUGCAACACAAUAAGAUCCGCAAUGUGGAGGGGAAUCAGCUGGAGGCUUACCUGUCCCUGGAGGUGCUGGACCUGAGCUGGAAUGACCUCACAGAGAUGCGGAGCGCCUGCUUCCUGCACGGACCACCUUUAAGGGAGCUCAACCUGGCAAGCAACCGGAUCGGCACCCUGGAGUCUGGAGCGUUUGAUGGCCUGUCACGGUCACUGCUAACUCUUCGCCUGAGCAAGAACAGGAUCACCCAACUUCCUGUGAAAGCAUUCAAGUUACCGAGGUUGACACAACUGGACCUCAAUCGGAAUCGGAUCCGGCUGAUCGAGGGCCUGACGUUCCAGGGGCUUGACAGUUUGGAGGUGCUGAGGCUUCAUCGAAACAACAUUAGCAAGCUGACGGAUGGGGCCUUCUGGGGGCUGUCCAAGAUGCAUGAGCUGCACCUGGAGUACAACAGCCUGGUGGAAGUGAACAGCGGCUCACUCUAUGGCCUCACAGCCCUGCAGCAGCUCUAUCUCAGCAACAACUCUAUCUCCCGAAUCCACCGUGAUGGCUGGAGCUUCUGCCAGAAGCUGCACGAGCUGAUUCUGUCCUUCAACAACCUCACCCGGCUGGACGAGGAGAGCCUGGCUGACCUCAGCAGCUUGAGCAUCCUGCGCCUCAGCCACAACUCCAUCAGCCACAUUGCAGAGGGCGCCUUCAAGGGACUCAGAAACCUGCGCGUCUUGGAUCUGGACCAUAACGAGAUUUCAGGCACAAUAGAAGACACCAGUGGUGCUUUCACAGGGCUCGACGGCCUCAGUAAGCUAACCCUGUUUGGAAACAAGAUCAAGUCCGUGGCUAAGAGAGCCUUCUCGGGGCUGGACAGCCUGGAGCACCUGAACCUUGCCGGGAAUGCUAUCAGGUCUGUCCAGUUUGACGCCUUUGUGAAGAUGAAGAAUCUGAAAGAGCUCCACAUCAGCAGUGAGAGCUUCCUGUGUGACUGCCAGCUCAAGUGGCUGCCCCCGUGGCUGCUGGGCAGGACGCUGCAGGCCUCUGUGACAGCCACCUGCGCCCACCCGGAAGCACUGAAGGGCCUGAGCAUCUUCUCUGUGCCGCCAGAGAGUUUUGUGUGUGAGGACUUACCAAAGCCGCAGAUUAUCACGCAGCCAGAGACCACCAUGGCUGUGGUGGGCAAGGACAUCCGGUUCAUGUGCUCGGCAGCCAGCAGCAGCAGCUCCCCCAUGACCUUUGCCUGGAAGAAGGACAGUGAGGUCCUGGCCAACGCCGACAUGGAGAACUUUGCCCACGUCCGGGCGCAGGAUGGGGAGGUGAUGGAGUACACCACCAUCCUGCACCUCCGCCGUGUCACUUUCGGGCACGAGGGCCGCUAUCAGUGUGUCAUCACCAACCACUUCGGCUCCACCUACUCGCACAAGGCCAGGCUCACUGUGAACGUGUUGCCAUCAUUCACCAAAAUGCCCCACGACAUUGCCAUCCGGACUGGCACCAUGGCCCGCCUCGAGUGCGCUGCCACCGGCCACCCCAACCCCCAGAUAGCCUGGCAGAAGGACGGAGGCACCGACUUCCCUGCUGCGCGCGAGCGGCGCAUGCACGUCAUGCCCGACGACGACGUCUUUUUCAUCACCGACGUGAAGCUGGACGACAUGGGCGUUUACAGCUGCACCGCCCAGAACUCGGCUGGCUCCGUUUCGGCUAACGCCACCCUCACUGUCUUAGAAACCCCGUCCCUGGCAGUGCCCCUGGAAGACCGGGUGGUGUCUGUGGGGGAAACGGUGGCUCUCCAGUGCAAGGCGGCCGGGAGCCCCGCGCCCCGCAUCACCUGGUUCAAGGGAGACCGCCCUCUGAGCCUCACCGAGCGCCACCACUUCACCCCCGGCAACCAGCUGCUCGUGUUGCAGAACGUGGUGGCCGAGGAUUCGGGCCGCUACACCUGCGAGAUGUCCAACGCCCUGGGCACAGAGCGGGCGCACAGCCAGCUGAGCGUGCUGCCGAGCCCCGGCUGCAGGCGGGAUGGGACCACCGUGGGCAUCUUCACCAUCGCCGUGGUGUGCAGCGUCGUCCUGACGUCCUUGGUCUGGGUGUGCAUCAUCUACCACACCAGGAGGAAGAGCGAGGAGUACAGCGUCACCAACACAGAUGAGACCGUUGUGCCGCCAGAUGUUCCUAGCUACCUCUCUUCUCAGGGGACCCUUUCUGACCGACAGGAAACUGUGCUCAGGACUGAGGGUGGUCAUCAGGCCAAUGGGCACGUCGAGAGCAAUGGUGUUUGUCCAAGAGAUGCGGGCCUCUUCCCCGAGGCGGAUGCUCGCAGCGUCACCUGCAGGCAGCCCAGGCUCUGCGUUGGACACAGUCAGGAGCCGUGGAGAGUGAAGGAGAAAGUUGACAGCUCACCUGGCGCACAGAAGACGGAGCACAGUGGCCCGGGUGUAUGUAGUGACAGCAACACUGAUGUGAACAGUUACUCCGAGGAACAGGCCUUCUGUCCUCAGCCUGUGUCCAGGGACAGCACACAGCCAGAUACACUGAGCAGCCAGGAGCCCGGCCGGAGUGACCACGAACAUUCUCCACAGCUGAACAGCGGGACUGGCGAUGGGUCCUGCACCGACUGCAGGGAGUCCCUCUACCCCAGUAACCACGAUAGAAUGCCGACAUCCUUGAAGGAAAAGCCAGGGGCACCUCCAGACGGGAAAGGGGCCUCUCCGUGGACAUUAGCAAGGCUGUGUGAGGCAGACGCCAUAGACAUACUGCCCUCUGCGUUAACUCCAGGCAGGUCUGAGCUCACACAAGCCCCCUUGGCCUUUCCCGACGCUCCCAGUGAAGGCCAGCACUUGCUCCUUCCCAAUGGGCACCUCCCCAGAGCAUGCGACUCUGGGCCUGAGUCCACACCACUGAUGGGACAGCUGCCUGGGAAACGGAGCGGGCCACUGCUGUUUGCACCACAGACCUAGGCGCAGUCUACCUCGGCUUUGUGCCAGCCUCUGCAGGGAGGAGGUGGGGGCUCCAGGAGGAAGCGUGGCUCAAGCGUCGCGGACCUGUACAGUUCUAACUUCCAUGUGGAGUGCCAGUUGUUUAAAGGACUUGCAGUGAAGCACAGAUUGCAAGAGGCUAUUGUGUAUAAAAGGCAGAAAAGUAUUGGAUACCACUGUACAUAAGAGUUUUCAGAGAUUUCAUAUAUAUUAUAUAUCUUUUACAGAGGAUAUUUUAAUCUUUAUUGCAUGGUUAACAGAAAAUCUUACAGUUUUGACAAUAUUUUUCAUAUCAGGUUGCUGUUUAACUUUGGAGUGGGGAUAGUUCUGGUGCCUUAAUGCAUGGGUGGAAUUUACAGACGCUGAAAACCACAUUUGCUCCCAGGGUUGUGUGGGCGGAAGGCGGAAGUCCUCAGACUCGAUCGCACAUCGUGGGGCAGACCUGACGCUUUCCAGGCAGACUUGCUCGCGUGCGGGUGCGGCCGCACAGACCUCCCGGGCCCAGACCGCCCUGGGGACGGUACACUGCACUGAGUGGCUUUUGCUCAUAGGUUCGAGUUCUUAACGAGCGUGGUGGGGGUUGUAAUCACCACAGCAUUUGGUCUGGAUAAUUAAGCCUGCCUUCCUUCUAUGGUAAAAGCAAAUGUGGUCUUGUCAGUGUUACCUGAUUGUCACUUGAGGCUUUCUAAUAAGAUAGAGGUUGCUGCUGUUGGUACCUGUGGAUUUUUCAAUAGUGAUGCUUUAGUUCUGCCAAUAUAAUUAACGUUACCUUGGUGUUGGGGGAGGAAGGAUGGAGUCCUUAUUUCCAGGGCUGGCUCAUCUCGACUGAGGACCCGGAGCAGGCCCGUCCGCGUCCUUCCCUCGCACAGACAGACGAAUGGCGAGCUUCGGCCCUUGACUUGGGUUCUGGUAUAUUUGCACUUUUGAGACCUGUAACUAACCAUCUUGUGAGUGCCAAUGGGUGUUUCAGGAAAAACUGCAUUGAAACUAACAAGGUCCUUAAAAGCUUGGAAAGCAAGGUCCUUUAGCCAAAAAGCUGAAGGUAGGUAUUGACAGAGUGGUUACCAUGUUAAAUUUUACUGUCCGAUGUCAUCACUGUUUCAAAGGUGAGCACAUGUAGUUUUGUUCUCAAUAGUUAACUGACCAAUGUUACGUCCACAACAUGUGAACCUGCUGCUGUGGAGAGGCAGUGUGAGAGGAAGUAUUACUUUCAUGUACAGUUAUUUAUUUAUAGAAGUUUUGGUACAAUGUACGUUGAAAACAUGUAAGAUAUUGAGUGUCUAACAAGCGGCAGUGAUGUGUCUAAUAAAGGUUCACUUGUGAAUGAAUGGA